AGUUGGGCUUCACAAAUUCUCUGAAUGGAGAGGUAAAACCUCGUAUCCUGUUGAUGGGCCUGAGGAGGAGUGGGAAGUCUUCCAUCCAGAAGGUGGUUUUCCAUAAAAUGUCCCCCAACGAGACCCUGUUCUUGGAGAGCACCAACAAGAUCUGUAGAGAGGACGUCUCCAACAGCUCCUUCGUCAGCUUCCAGAUCUGGGACUUCCCCGGCCAAAUCGACUUCUUUGACCCCUCCUUCGACUAUGAAAUGAUCUUCAGAGGCACCGGGGCGCUCAUCUUUGUCAUUGACUCACAGGAUGACUAUGUGGAGGCUCUGAAUAGACUGCACCUCACGGUGACCAGGGCCUACGCAGUCAACCCAGACAUCAACUUCGAGGUGUUCAUUCACAAAGUGGAUGGCCUGUCAGACGACCAGAAGAUCGAUAAGCAGAGGGACAUCCACAAACGAGCCAACGAUGACCAAGUGGAUGCAGGCCUGGAGCGAAUACACCUGAGCUUCUACUUAACCAGUAUAUACGAUCACUCCAUAUUCGAGGCGUUCAGUAAAGUGGUCCAGAAGCUCAUUCCACAGUUGCCCACGCUGGAGAACCUGCUCAACAUCUUCAUAUCU